UGUGAAUGAAAUAACUACGAAAACAUUUUGUAACUAGAAAAGCAUGAUGCAUGAAGUAUCAAUAAUAGAGGGAACAUAAUGUACAACCAUUAGUUUAGUAAACUUCAAUAACUUUUUGAAACAUAUCUUUGCGUUAGAGAGAACAUAAUGCAGAACCAUUUGUUUCCAAAAAUUCGAUAAUAUUUCGAAUUCGCAUUUGAAGUGCAGACAUGGAUUGCCGAAGUAAAAGUGAGCGAGAAGCAAAGAAUGAUUCGCCCGUUGAAAUCGAUGAUUAUGCGAGUACUCCGAUAAAACAAGAAGAAUUAUCAGAUCCUCCUUACUCACCUAUGUCUGAUCUUAACCCCCGAUCAACAAGAUCAAGGCGACGUAGACUUGACAGACAAAGAUCUAAGCGAACUGCCAGCAGUACAAGCACUCUUGAUUCUGAUGUAAGAAAAACGAAAAGUGAACCUAUCUUAAUUACUUUGGACUCUGAUAGUGGUGAUGAUGUUGAAUCAACUGUCAGCUCUCGCCCAAAUCGAACAGCCAGAAUUAGGGGUGAACUGAUCAGAAAACUUGGAGUUCAGAUGCGUUCAUGUACACAUGUUACCAGCUAUAAAGAUUCUGAUUCAUCCUCAUCAACAGAAUAUGAAAAAGUUAAAAAGAAAAAGAAGCCAAAACCAAAACCAUCGCAGAUUCCUUCAGGAAGUUGUAAAAGAAAGCAAUAUUUGGUGAAAAAGUUAUCUCAAACUCAAAUACCAGUAAGACAUCAUACCAAACCCAAAAGACGUCCUCUUAAAAAAGUAAGAAAGCUACAGAUUCGUAGUCUGAGAAAAAGAUUUGAAUUUCAAAAUAAAAAAAAGCCUGAACGGCUAAAUCCUUUAAAUAAAAGAAAUUCUGUUAGCUCUCAAUCAGGUGAAAAAAGAAGAGGUUCUUCCAGAAACGAUGCACCUAGUGAAACAUCUAGACUUAGUACAUUGCGCAGUGAGAAAGUUUCGAAAAAGAGCAAGAAAAAUAACAGUGAUUUACAGAAAAGUAUCAUGGAUGAUAUCAAUUUGAUAAAAAAUUCUAGCAUACCCUUGACUGCUGAUGAAAACUUGGAUUUGGAUAAUGAAAGGUUAAGAAGUGUUCAAAGUAACGUUGAUGAUGAAAAUCAAGAUAGAGUGCUUGUUGAAGUAAAAACUGAAAAUGAGGAUGGGCAAAAAGGUAAAAAACUUCCCAGUAGGAAAGCAAAAGGUGAUAACUUUGUUUCCAAAACUGAAGAGAGUGAUAAUUUGACAUUGAAAAAUGUAAAUGUUGAGCCAAAAACAGAAAAUCAUGACGAUCACGCAUCAGAAAGCAGAAAUGAGGAUGAUCAAAUUUCAAGAGAUGAAAAUCUGGAAUGUUCAAAUCCUAAAAGUGAGGAAGCAAAUUCGCCGACUGAUAACUUAGAUAGCACUGUUUCAAAAGAUGAAGAAAUUGCUGAUUCAAGUCUGAAAAAUAAUAAAAAAAUUUUAAAACUAAAAAUAGAUAAGAAAGAGAGUACAGGUGGAAAACUUAUAAAGAAAGAAACAGCAAAUUUAAAAGCAUCUAAAGCUGAAGAAGAUUCUUCAAAAUCUACCUCAGAAAUGUCACAUUCUGACAAUGAUUCUGCUGCAGAAAGAGAAAUCUCGGGAAAAAAACCAAGAAAAACAAAGAGUAAAUUUGCACGUAAAGCACAUGCUGCUGAAAAAGUAGUGCGCAAAAGAGGCAGACCUAGACUUUGUGAAAAUAAACCAGUACCAAGUAAAAUGCCCUUGGUGUUUGAUCGUAGGCAAGUCCCAUUUCUACAGAACUCUUUUUGUUUUGACGUUGCACCGAAACUUCCUAAAUGUCGAGAAUGUCGUAUAGCAUUUCACAGAAAAAACUGCCGAAUGUUUAAUGCUUACUGUCGUUUUAUGCAGUAUCGUAAGCUCUGCUAUAACAGGCAAGGUACUAUCUUAAAUGCUGGAUUUUCAGAACCUUCUGAUGCAACAUCUGAACAUUUAAGUCAGUGGCUUCCUGAAACCUCUAAUCCACCCAAAGAUUUGAACAUUGAAACUGCAAAAUCUCUUCUUGAGCAUAUUGGUGAUCAAUUUUGUGAUCUUAUCGAGCAAGAGAAAGAAGCUCUUUCUCUUCACAUAGGGAAAGAUAAAACAAUUACGUGGAAAAGGAUUGUACAGGGUGUUCGAGAAAUGUGUGAUGUCUGUUAUACUACCAUUUUUAACAUUCAUUGGGUUUGUCCAAUUUGUGGGUUGGCAGUAUGUAUUGACUGUUAUAAAAUGCGAAAACAAGGUAUACGCAGCAUUGAAGAUGAAGAAGAUAGACCAAGAAAUCGUGAUGAAUAUAAAUGGCUCUUAUGUACUCAGAAAGAACUACAUGUUCAAGAAAAUAUGGUGAUGGCUCAAAUAAUUCCUGGACAAGCUUUAUGGAUUAUGCGAGAUUUAUUACAUAAAGCUCGUGAUCAGUGGAAUGUUCCUGCAUAUUGCAAAUGUGUACCACAGGAGGCAGAUUCUGCUGGCAAAAGUAUAACUACUGGAAUAUGUAAGCAGCUUAUGAGUUUUGUUACUAAAUCUUUUAGUACUGAAAAGAAACAGCCAAGUAUUUACAAUGAGAUAGAUCAAAACCAUACUGAACUGAACUAUGAAGAUUUAGACAUUGAGGUUACAGGUUCUGCUUUAAAAUGGCUUGAAGAAACCAACGAUGCUUCAGAUGACAAUAAAGAAAAAGAAGAUUUUUACAGCUAUGAAGAUUUUGCUCUUUUAAGAGGAAAUCUUUUGCAAGAUCUUCCAGAUGAAGAAACCUUUUCAGAUACUGAAGGAAUAUGUUCUGGGUUUUCAUUUGAUGAAAUAAUUGCAAGUGUAUCAAAAGCCUAUGGUGAUCCCAAGGAGAGUUCAGAAAAAGCAUUGUUAAAACACUUUUCUCGUAGAUAUCCAAAAGCAAGUAGUGGUCGGGAUCCAUUGCCAAUACGAAUUUACACCAAAUUAGAGAGCAAUUUAGUCUUUGAAAGUAUACCACAUUCUUGGUUUUGCAAUGGACGCUUGUUAUUUCUCCACAAAGCAAAUCAUCCAUCUAACCUUUCUUUAUUUCAAGAGCAAUGGAAAAGAGGACAACCAAUAUUAGUCAGAGGAGUAGAAGAACAACUUGACAAAAAUCUGUGGCACCCUGAUGCAUUCUGUAGAGAUUUUGGAGAAGUAAGGAAUGAUUUAGUAGAUUGUAUGACUGGUGCAGUCAUCAAAAAUCUCCCAAUGAAAAGAUUCUGGGAAGGAUUUCAGAAUUUCAACAAAAGAUUAAAAGAUGAUAAUGGUGAAUACAUGUUGUUGAAAUUGAAAGACUGGCCUCCUGGGGAAGAUUUCAGUGAAAAGCUACCCAGUAGAUUUAAAGAUCUUAUGCAAGCUUUGCCAUUACCUGAAUAUACUCACAGGGAUGGUGUUUUGAAUCUUGCUGGAAGGUUACCUUCUUGGUUUGUGAGGCCCGAUCUUGGCCCGAAAAUGUACAACGCCUACGGCUCAGCAUUGUUUCCCACAAAAGGAACAACAAAUUUACAUCUUGAUGUGAGUGAUGCUGUCAAUGUCAUGGUUUAUGUAGGUAUUCCAUCUGGUGGGAAUGCACACCUUCAUAUUCAAGAAGCAUUAAAGGCCAUUGAUGAAGGAGGCUGCGAUUCCCUGAUGAGAGCUAGAGUUAGACAUCCUACUGUAGUUCCUGGUGCACUAUGGCACAUAUAUAAUGCCAGAGAUGCUGAUAAGAUCCGAGAUAUGCUGACUAAAGUUGCUAUUGAAAGGGGGGAAAAACUCGAAGCGAACAAUGAUCCCAUUCAUGAUCAGAGUUGGUACAUAGAUGCAGAACUUCGCAAACGUUUAUACAGAGAUUAUGGUGUUGAAGGCUAUGCUAUUGCACAGUGUCUAGGGGAUGCUGUCUUUAUCCCGGCAGGUGCUCCACAUCAAGUCCGAAAUCUACAUAGUUGUGUAAAAGUGGCGGAGGAUUUUGUUUCUCCUGAAAACAUUGCCCAUUGCUUUAAAUUAACGCAAGAAUUCCGUCAUUUAUCAGAUACUCAUACAAAUCACGAAGACAAACUGCAAAUAAAAAAUAUCAUUUAUCAUGUAGUGAGAGAUUCUCUUGCUCAUUUACUUCCUGACAAUCUAAGUUGAUAUUUCAAUUGACAGUAUAAAGUUUAUGCAAAAUUUUGUGUACAACUUUCGUUUCACAAGACAUUUGCUUUAGAUGUUUUGCAAACACUGCCUAUUUUAAACUGCUGAGUCAUUUCAGCCUAUGCAAUAUCAUUUGAACAAAUCUAAUGUUGUGAGCCAUAAUUUAUGUGUAUUUAUAUUGUCAAACUUUCAUUCUUGGUAGUGCUUGGAUUUCAUAAUAUACCUCAAUAUAAGUGACAUUAGAAUGAGGAAUGGUUAGUUGCAAGUGAGUGAUAUCUACAUCUAUUUCAUUCUAAAGUAUUCAACUGCUGAUGUGUUACUGUAAAAAUGCUUUGAUUGAUGUCUUUUUAAAUUUCUAUUAAUUGUGUAGUCUAGUUAGUCUCUUUUGAAUUGAUUGAAACUGAUGUCAUUUUCUGAGUGGGCAAAAGUCUGCCAAAAAAAAAAAAAAAAAUCUAAAAUAAAAUUUCCAAAUUAAUUAGGUUUGUCUUAAUUUUUCGUUUGUGGCAUAAUUUAGGGCUAAUUGAUUCCAUUCCAAAAAUUUAGAUAAUUUGGCUGUCUAUUCAGUAUAAGUUUUAAAAGUUGGUCAUAAAUUCAAAAAUGUAAAAGAAAUAAAAAAUCA